AUGUCUGGAUUAUUUGGGUCUGCAUCCAGCUCCUCGGCUACAAAUACAGUUGGCGAUCUCAAGGCAGACGUGGCGCUGAGCGAUCCUCCCACCGACUCCAUCACCAGCCUUUCGUUCUCACCAGCUCCUAACGGUCCCGACUUUUUGGCCGUGUCCAGUUGGGAUAACAAGGUUCGGAUUUACGAAAUUGCGCAGAAUGGACAAAGCCAGGGUCGACAUGCGUAUGAGCAUACGCAGCCAGUAUUCAGCUGCGACUUUUCCAAGGAUGGAACAAAGGUAGCUUCAGCCAGCGCGGACAAGAACCUCAAAGUAUGCGACCUGGCUUCUCAACAAGACAUUGUUAUCGGCGCCCACGAUCAGCCCGUCCGAUCGUGCCGUUUCUUCGAAAGCGGCGGUGCCCCCAUGAUUGUGUCCGGAUCGUGGGACAAGACGAUCAAGUACUGGGACUUGAGACAGCAAGGACAAGCCGCGGCGACAGUUUCGUGCCAAGAGCGUGUGUACGCCAUGGAUGUCAGAGAUAAUAUGUGCGUUGUCGGCACAGCAGACAGGUAUAUCAAUGUGAUUGACUUACGGAACCCAUCCAAAUUCUACAAGACGAUCCAGAGUCCGCUCAAGUGGCAGACACGCGUGGUAAGCUGCUUCACCGACUCGGCAGGCUUCGCCAUCGGUAGCAUCGAGGGACGCUGCGCAAUUCAGUACGUCGAGGACAAGGACGCAAGUUCCAACUUUUCCUUCAAGUGCCACCGAGAGACGGCCGUCAACAACGUAGUCAAUGUCCACGCCGUCAACGACAUUUCCUUCCACCCCGUACACGGUACUUUCAGCACCGCUGGCUCGGAUGGAACAUUCCACUUUUGGGACAAGGACGCAAAGCAUCGCCUCAAGGGUUAUCCCAACGUCGGAGGUGGCAUCACCGCUACGACGUUCAACAAGACUGGUACCAUAUUUGCUUACUCGGUCAGCUACGACUGGAGCAAGGGCUACCAGCACAAUACUCAAAACUAUCCAAUCAAAGUAAUGUUGCAUCCCGUUACAAGCGAUGAAUGCAAGCCACGACCAACGAUGAAGAAGAGGUAG